AUGGUCCACGCCGUACUUCCCCAGACGCCGCUGUCGCCUCGGGCCACGGCCUCCCGGCCGACAUACACUCACCGUGAAUCCGGAAAUGUCCCUAUGUCAUCGACGUCCCACCCAGACAACCCCGUCCCGGAAGAACCCCGAGUGCGUGCGCUGUCCGUCACGAACAUGAGCUUUGGCGGCUCAUCGGUUUCGUCCCAAGAAGCAGAAAACACAGAUUCAGAGUCGCCCUCGACACCACCCACAGAAGUCUCAUCAGAUGAAGAACUUGCGCAGAAGAAGCCGGAGGAAGAUGCUGGACAUCGACGACGGGCCUCCACCGUCCUCAUUUCACAAGGGCCGGAUGACAUGCGGAGGAUCCUUGAAAAUGUUGGAACGGGAGGAACACAGAAACUUCAAGCCAUGUGCUGCGGUGGUGGUUGCUGUCGUCUCCAACCGUUGAACCGGGCUCCUGGUCCUGUUUCCGUGAUCAACCCCGUCACACCACCGGACAACAAGGCGUUCCAGAGCUUGAAGCUGAAUGUCGAUCUCCUUACCCUCGACAGCGUACUUACCAACAUUGCCCCUCUACCUGAGAAGAAAGUCUCGUUCUCGGCAGUCCCUCCUUCAGCGGUAAAUAUGCAGUUCGGGCCUGCGAAUCAUCCACCUCCUUUCGUGCAACCUCAUCCUCCAUACGAUGUGUACCGAGCUCCCGUAUACCAUGCACGAGAACUCACGAGCGCUGGCGCUGAGAAGCGAACGUACCAUUUCGACAUCGACGUAACCGAUUACCCCGCCGAGAGCGGAAACGUUGACUUUGUCGUAGGCGGCGCCAUUGGUGUGUGCCCCAUGAACAAAGAGGAAGAAGUCGAGGACAUUUUCAACCAACUUGGUAUACCCAAGUUCAUUCGCGAUAAGAAGAUCACAGUCCGGACCACCAACGGAAGGUGGCCCACCAUCUGGGGUAAAGAAGAGGCCCGCGAAUUGAUCACAACCCGACGAGAGCUCCUGAACUGGUGCUCCGACAUUCAGAGUUACGCCCCAACCAAGGGACUCUUCCGGCUGCUUGCCGAAUACGCCAGUGAACCGAAUGAGAAGAAGAUCCUGACUUUCCUGUCGUCAGCUCAAGGCCAAGGCGCCUUCUGCGACCUUCGUACCAGCUCACACAUCACCGUCUCCCAGUUGCUCCACGCCUUCCCCUCAUCACAGCCUCCUCUCGACCACCUUCUUUCCGCCCUCAACCAACUAAUGCCUCGAUUCUACUCCCUCUCACAAGACCCCCUUAUCUCCUGCAAGCGCAAGGGUGACCAGUGCCGCCGCCUCGUGGAAAUCGCCGUAACAGUGGCUGAAUCCGAUGAUUGGAAGGGCGGCAACCGAACAGGCGUUGGAUCUGGCUAUAUGGAACGCCUCGCAAGACAGGCCAUUGAAGCUCAAGCCUCAGGCCGGGAGCCAGGAGACCUUAAUCUGCACGUUCCCAUGUUCCGCGGCCUCAUGGCCAACCCCCUCGCCAAGCGCUUCGCUUCGGACGGACCCAUGCUCCUCAUCGGCGCUGGUGUCGGAAUCGCUCCAUUCCGAGGCUUCGUCCAGCGCCGACUGCAAUCUGCAAAUUGCGCGAACAAAGUCUGGGUGUUGCAGGGAGUUCGUGAUUCUCUCCUCGAUGAGUUGUACCGCGGCGAGUGGGGCGUGGAAGAGGAUCAGGUGCGCAAGGUUGUUCAGAGCCGGCGCGGCGAGAGCAAGUAUGUCCAGGAAGAAGUCCGCAACCAAGCAGACCUUGUCUGGUUUGUAAUCAACUCGCUCGACGGUCGUGUUUUCGUCUGCGGAAGCGGCAAGGGCAUGGGCGAGGGUGUUGAGGCGGCGCUAGUCGAUGUCGCCAUGGCCAAGGGAAACCUGAAUAGAGAAGAGGCCGAACUGUUUUGGGAAAAUAAGAAAGAGGCCGGACAGUAUAUAGCGGAGACGUGGUGA